AUGGCCGCCUUUUCACCGAGUGCCUUCUACGGCGGUAAUUCUGAAGCUUGUAGCGAAAGCGAAGACGGUUUUAGUGACGAAGACAACUAUGUGGCUCCUUCAGAUACUGAAGAAAGUGAUCCUACAGAAGCCAGCCAGGAAGAAAACGAGGACGGUAGAGACGGUGGAAACAACCAGAACAACACAGGACCACGUGUAACCGACUGGACAGCCUACUUGGAUAAUUUACCAGAUUUAGACCCUCUUCCCUUCACUGUCGCGAACCCGGGAUCUCAAGUAAGCUCUUUCAAUGUAAAGUGCGAGAUGGACUACUUUCAGUUGUUCUUCACCGACCAGCUGAUUGAGCAAAUAGUGCGCGAAACAAACCGCUACGCCCGUGAUAAAAUCUCGAGUGCCGGUGUUCUUCAGCAGUACUUGAUUUGGAAUGACUGGGAAGAUGUGCGCGUGCAAGAAUUCAAAGCAUUCCUAGGGGUUAUAGUGAACAUAACCUUGAACCCCAAAUCGGAGCAGAAGGAAUACUUUAGCAACGACCUCCUCAAGAAGAUGCCUUUUUUCCCACACGUUUUCAAACGAAAAAGGUUUCUUCUAAUAUUUUGGAUGCUGCACGUUGCACCAAGCCCGCAUACCUCUUCAGGUCCACCAACUCGUGGAAGCAAGAUCAGGGAUGUUGUGACCUACAUAGAUGCUAAAUGCAGAGAGCAUUGCAACGCCGGCCCCAAAAUUUGCGUAUAUGAAAGUACUGUCGGCUUGAAAGGCCGAGCUUCAUUCAAGUGCUACAAUCCCCAGAAGCCAACAAAAUGGGGCAUGCGCGUUUAUGCGCUGGCUGACUGCCAAACAGGCUACAUUUCGGCCUUUGAACCAUACUACGGCAGCACAACAACUGAUAGCUUCUGCUGUCCCGAGCUUCCCUUCACAUGCAGGAUUGUGCUCCACCUGCUGGAGGAAGUGGAGCAAGUUACACCGGGCAGUGGCUAUCAUCUGUAUACGGACAGAUUUUAUACGUCCCCAAUGCUUGCGGAAGAGUUACUUUCGCACAAUAUUUUGCUAACUGGGACUGUGAUGACAAAUCGAAAACAAAUGCCACAGCAGCUCAAGAAAAGAUGA